AUGCCAGCUAAAUUCGAAAAAGGUUCUGAAAAGAAGGGUGCUACUCUCUUCAAGACCAGAUGUUUGCAAUGUCACACCGUUGAGGAGGGCGGACCACACAAGGUUGGUCCAAACUUGCACGGUGUUUUUGGCAGAAAGUCUGGUGAGGCUGCUGGUUACUCUUACACCGACGCCAACAAGAAGAAGGGUGUUGUCUGGUCCGAGCAAACCAUGUCUGACUACUUGGAGAACCCAAAGAAGUACAUUCCAGGUACCAAGAUGGCUUUCGGUGGUUUGAAGAAGCCAAAGGACAGAAACGACUUGAUCACCUACUUGGCUAGUGCCACCAAAUAA